ACACUCCGCACAGUUGAAUUCGGUUCGUGUUCUCGCGCGUAUGUUUCGGACAAAACUCCGAUAACAAACCUGUUGCGCCGCGUCGAAAGCAACAAUGCACAACAUGUGAUCCUCAACGAAAUAAAACCGUGUAUUUUGUGUGUUGUUUUGAUUGUUUGAAUAUAACUAAAUAGUGGCAAUGCGAAUACAGCGGACGUGCGAUGAAGUGAAACAACGCGCUUUUUAUGUGCGUGUGAAUGUGCAAUAGUGCAGCAAUACAACUUUAAUCGCUGGAGUUUUAAUGUACUAUGGAUGCGCACGGUGUUUGGGCUUAAGUUGCGGAGGUUAAGUUAGAAGAUGGGCUCCUCGUCGUCCAAAGAGGAGCCGCCAAUGAUGCAGGCGCAGCAUCCGUUGUCGGCGGGCGGUGACCAUUCUCGGCCGGAGAGCGUGCUCAGCAAGCAUCAUGCCCGCCAGGCAAGCAUUCGCGUCAAGAGCAAACCGAUGCCGGAUCCAUCUGAGCUGGAGAAGCGAUUCGGCAAAGUUCUCGCUUCUAUGGAUUUACCUCCUGAUAAAGCGAAACUACUCAGGAAUUACGACUCUGAAAAGAAAUGGGAUAUAAUAUGCGAUCAGGAAAUGGUCCAAGCGAAAGAUCCCCCUUCCUAUUAUCUCAACAAAUUGAAGACUUAUCUGGAUCCAAAGGCUUCUCGAAGUCACAGGAAACGAAAAAUGGUUGGAGAAUCAACAUCGACACAAGUUCUCCGUGAUUUGGAAAUAUCGUUACGUACUAAUCACAUCGAAUGGGUCCGUGAGUUUUUAAACGAUGAAAACUUAGGUCUGGAUGUUCUCAUUGACUAUUUAAACUUCCGGUUGGGUAUGAUGCGGCACGAGCAGCGUAUUGCCGAGUUUCGCAGCGAAUCUGAAGAACAUCUCAAUCAUAACACAACAGCAAACGCGACAAUUGGUCAUGUGGGAGGUGGAAGUGGUGAGAAAUCGUUUAAUAAUGGUUAUAUUCGCCCGCCGCUUGACAUGACGGAUAGUCCUAGUAUUCGGCGGCGGUCGAAACACGCCGCCAAAUUAAAUAUGGGCGAAAGUAAGGAUGAUAUACAUGUGUCCAUUAUGUGUAUGCGAGCUAUUAUGAAUAAUAAGUAUGGAUUUAAUAUGGUGAUUCAACAUCAUGAAGCUAUAAAUUGUAUAGCGCUGAGUUUAAUUCACAAGAGUUUACGAACGAAAGCUCUUGUUUUGGAACUCCUAGCCGCCAUUUGUUGUAAAGGCGGACAUGUUAUUAUUCUCUCUGCGUUUGAUAAUUUCAAGGAGGUUUUGAAGGAAAGAUAUCGGUUUCAAACACUGAUGGAGUACUUCCUGAACCCCGAACUGUUUCAUAUUGAAUUUAUGGUUGCCUGUAUGCAAUUUGUGAAUAUAAUCGUCCAUUCGGUGGAAGACAUGAACUUCCGGGUUCAUCUGCAAUACGAAUUCACCGCGCUGCGCCUUGAUGAAUACCUGGAGCAAUUAAAACUCACCGAAAGUGAGGAGUUGCAAGUACAAAUCUCCGCGUACUUGGACAACGUCUUCGAUGUGCAGGCGUUAAUGGAGGAUAGCGAGACCAAAACGGCCGCGUUAGAAAAAGUCAACGAGUUGGAAGAUGAGCUGGGACAGGCUCAUGAUCGGCUCGGUGACUUGGAACACGAGGCACUUGCGAAAAUUGGUGAAUUGGAGACGGAACUUUGUACUCUGAGGCAGGAACGUGAUGAGUUGAUGGAAUGGCGGCGGCAGGGCGAAGAGGAAAUGUCUACGUUGCGUAAAAAGGUACAGGAACAUCAGCAGGAGUCGCAGAAUAGGCAAAGUAUGCUGGAAUCGAAGAUUAUGGAGCUGGAAACUAUUACAAAGACAUUACCCAAGGGAGCUACAUUAUCAGAUAUGACUCCGCCCAGUUCGUCGUCAUCUACGUGUUCGCCAAUCAGCACACCAGUGAUACCCCCUCCACCACCGCCUGUAGCGCCACCUGUGGCACCACCUCCACCUCCUUGUCCUCCGCCACCACCUGCGAAACCAGGAGGUGGAUUUUUACCGCCGCCACCACCUGCUCCUGGUUUCAUGCAAGCGCCUGAUGGGGCGAUGACCAUCAAACGCAAAGUACAAACGAAGCACAAGUUGCCUACGUUGAAUUGGAUGGCGCUAAAACCCACACAGGUGAGAGGAACGAUAUUUAACGAAUUGGACGAUGAUAAACUCCACAACGCGAUUGAUUUCAACGAAUUUGAAGAGCGUUUUAAGAUUGGUCCCGGCGGUGCGUUACUAAACGGCGCCGGAAACGAAGUUGAUGGUUUAACGAAUAUGCCAAGUAAACGAUACAAGAAACCAGAAAAUAUCUCAAUGUUAGAACACACGCGGCUUCGUAAUAUUGCGAUAUCACGACGAAAAUUAGAAAAUCUUCCAAUUGAAAAAAUUGUCAACGCGAUCAAUCAACUUGAUUUGAAAGUGUUAUCUCUUGAGAAUGUCGAACUUCUGCAACGGAUGGUCCCAACCGAACAGGAAGUUAAGUCAUAUCGGGAUUUCUUAGCCGAAAGGAAUCCUAAUCUUUUGACGGAGGAGGAUCGAUUUUUGAUGCAGCUUGCUAAAAUUGAAAGGAUUUCCGCCAAGUUGUCAAUUAUGUGCUUCAUGGGCAACUUUUUCGAUAAUGUGCACCUUAUUACACCGCAAAUUAAUGCGAUAAUAUCCGCUUCGAAUUCAGUGAAAAACUCGCGAAAGUUGCGCAGUGUUCUUGAGGUGAUCCUUGCCUUUGGUAACUAUUUAAAUAGUAGUAAAAGAGGUCCUGCGUAUGGAUUCAAGCUUCAAUCAUUGGAUUCUCUGGUUGAUACUAAGUCCAAUGACAAGAAAACUUCAUUGUUGAACUAUAUUGUUGCAACAAUUCGACAGAACUUCCCUGAUCUUGUUAAUUUCGACUCGGAAUUGAGUUUUAUUGAAAAGGCAGCAACCGUGUCUUUGGAGAAUAUUAUAACAGAUGUGCAAGAACUCGAGAAAAACAUGGAGACGGUUCGUAAAGAAUCCGAACUUCGUGGUAAAAACGCAAAUCCUAUUUUGCGGGACUUCCUUGCCAACUCAGAAGAUAAGUUGAAAAAGUUACGAAACGAUUCGAAAACAUCUCAAGAUGCAUUCAGGGAAUGUGUGGAGUUCUUUGCUGAAUCACCUCGAUCGACAGACGCCAAUUCAUUCUUUUCGUUGCUUGUCAGAUUUGUAAAAUCAUUUAAGACUGCAGACCAGGAUAAUGAAACGAGGAGAAGAUUGGAAAUCGCCGCGUUGAAGAGUAAUCAAUCGAAUAACAACGUGGAGAAGAAGAAUAAAGUCAAUCAAAAGAAACAACAGGACGCUGUGAUUAACGAACUCAAACACAAAACGAAGCUAGUGCAAGAAAAGAAACUGUUGCAACAGGAUGAGGUGUACAAUGGCGCGCUGGAAGACAUCCUCCUGGAAUUGAAAAACGAGCCCUAUCGACGAGCGGAUGCUGUCCGGCGCAGUCAACGACGACGAAUCGACAGCAAUCGACUUUCAAAAACCACCGAAGAAUUGAACUUUUAACAGUUAUCACAUAUUUUAAUGCAAGUUAGCUUUUAGAGUGGAUUGCGCACAUUUUUUAAAACAUUCCGCUUAUAUGAGACCCAUGAAAAUUUUUACUUAUAAAUUUAUUUAUGUUUUAUGUUCAAACUUUAAAGAAAUGAAUUUUAUUUGCACUUGAUUAGAGUGCAACAACUUGUAAAUAGGAAAAAGUAUAAGAAAAGCUUAAAAUUCUAAUUUUAUAUUUUUUGAUAUCGAAAUAUUAUAAUUAUCUCUAAACAAAUGAACAAGACAAUUAUUAGAUGCAUAAAAAAAUGUUAAUGCAAAUGCGUGAUGAGAAAUCACACAAGUGGAGUGAUAAUUCCAAUUAUGUACAUAUUUAUACCUAUGCUUAUUGUUAGCAAUUAGUAGGAAUAUGACAGUAGAACACACACAUUCUAUUUGUAAAUCGUUACAAUUGCAACUUAAACAAAUUAUAUUACUCUUUGUUAA